AAAAAAAAAAAGAAGAAGAGGGGCCUGGCGCUGGGGGGGCGUCUCAUUGUUUCGCGGCUGAUUUUGCAUGAAGACUGCCUCACGUGAGGCCACAGAGCAGGGCUGAGACAUCACUGGGCAUCUGUACUCUUGCUGUCUUGAUGAACCAAGGACAGGGUUCAGGACAGGUUAGAGCCAGGGGACCCCACACCCCUUUUGUCGUCUCUGCUCACUUUGCUGCAUUCGUGAGACAGGUUUUAGGUGGAGCCAAAAGGACAGGACGGAGCUGUCUCCUGCCUCCCAGCACAGGGGCGUCAGCUGAGGCUGAGUCCAGCCACGGUAAUCAUUUAUGGAACCAAAAACUUCCGUGCUCUUCAGAGGAGCACCGCAACACGUCGCCCCUACAACACGUAACUUGGAGCGUCGGUGCUCCCGGUCUGCGUCACCCGACACACAGGACAGACUGGAGAAGAGGGGGCGUGAGCGUCCCUCGAGAGAGAGAGGAGGCCGCGAGGAGUCUGACCCCAGAGGACGACUUGGGUUGGAGUCAGCAGACAGGCCGACUCUGCUCGAGGACAUAAAGGAAAACAGGCGCACGAUGGAAAAAGCAGGAAGUCGCCGCAGAGAAGGAGAAGCUGGCCUGCCGGAGCAGUACUACAGCCUGACCUGGUUCCUGAGCCCCGUCCUCGGCCUCAUCUUCACGCCCCUGAUCGGCUCCGCCAGCGACCGGUGCACCCUGAGCUGGGGCCGCCGGCGGCCCUUCAUCCUGGCGCUGUGCGUGGGCGUGCUCUUCGGGGCCGCCCUCUUCCUCAACGGCUCGGCCAUAGGUCUGUCCCUCGGCGAUGUCCCCAACCGGCAGCCCAUUGGCAUCGUGCUCACGGUGCUGGGAGUGGUGGUCCUGGAUUUCAGCGCUGACGCCACCGAGGGGCCCAUCCGAGCCUACCUGCUGGACGUGGUGGACAGCGAGGAGCAGGACAUGGCUCUGAACAUCCACGCCUUCUCUGCCGGCCUUGGUGGGGCCAUCGGCUACGUGCUGGGGGGGCUGGACUGGACCCAGACCUUCCUGGGCUCCUGGUUCCGCACGCAGAACCAGGUGCUCUUCUUCUUCGCGGCCAUCGUCUUCACGGUGUCGGUGGCCCUGCACCUGCUCAGCAUCGAGGAGGAGCAGUACAGCCCCCAGCAGGAGCGCAGCGUGGAGGCGGCCGACGCGCUGGCUCCCGGCCUCCGCGCCAGCGUCCUGGACGGCGGCCCCCUGUUCCCCGACGAGGUGCAGUCGGAGCACGAGCUGGCCCUGGACUACCUGGACGCGGGCCUGGCGCGCAGCAAGAGCGACUCGGUGCUGCACGUGCCCGACGCCGCGCUGGACCUGGAGCCCGAGCUGCUCUUCCUGCGCGACAUCGAGCCCUCCAUCUUCCAGGACGCCUCCUACCCCAGCACGCCCCGCAGCACCAGCCAGGAGCUCGCCCGCGCCCGGCCGCCGCGCCUGCCCCCGCUGCGGCGGGAGCCCGCCGGGGAGGACGAGACCCUGCUGGAGAACCACCUGGACGCAGCCCAGCUCCCGAACGGGGGCGGCUCCCCGCCAUGCGACGGCCUCGUCGGCUUCAGCAGGGCGGACGUGAAGCCCCCGGUCGCAUCGGGCUCCGUGCGGCGGCGCCGGCACAUGUUCCGCCGGCAGGCUUCCAGCACCUUCUCCUACUACGGCAAGAUCGGGUCCCACCGCUACCGCUACCGGCGGGCCAACGCCGUGGUUUUGAUCAAGCCCUCGCGCAGCAUGAGCGACCUCUACGACCUGCAGAAGCGGCAGCGGCAGCGCUGCCGGCGCCGGAACCAGAGCGGGGCCACCACGUCCAGCGGGGACACAGAGAGCGAGGAGGGGGAGGGCGAGACCACCGUGCGGCUGCUGUGGCUGUCCAUGCUGAAGAUGCCCAAGGAGCUGGUGCGGCUCUGCCUCUGCCACCUGCUCACCUGGUUCUCCGUCAUCGCCGAGGCCGUGUUCUACACUGACUUCAUGGGCCAGGUCAUCUUCGAGGGGGACCCCAAGGCCCCGUCCAACUCUACGGCCUGGCAGGCCUACAACUCGGGCGUGAAGAUGGGCUGCUGGGGACUGGUCAUCUACGCGGCCACAGGUGCGACCUGCUCAGCCCUGCUGCAGAAGUACCUGGACAACUACGACCUGAGCAUCAGGGUCAUCUACGUGCUGGGGACGCUGGGCUUCUCGCUGGGCACGGCGGUGAUGGCCAUGUUCGCCAACGUCUACGUGGCCAUGGUCAUGAUCAGCACCAUGGGCGUCGUCUCCAUGAGCAUCUCCUACUGCCCCUACGCCCUGCUCGGCCAGUACCACGACAUCAAGGAGUACGUCCAGCACAGCCCCGGGAGCUCCAGGCGAGGCUUUGGCAUAGACUGCGCCAUCCUCUCCUGCCAGGUCUACAUCUCCCAGAUCCUGGUGGCCUCCGCCCUGGGCGGCGUGGUCGACGCCGUUGGGACUGUGCGCGUCAUCCCCAUGGUGGCCUCCGUGGGCUCUUUCCUGGGCUUCCUGACGGCCACCUUCCUGGUCAUCUACCCCGAGGUGUCCGAAGAGGCCAAGGAGGAGCAGAAGGGCUUGUCUUCCCAGCCGCUGGGCGAAGGCGGGAGCGGCGGCGGCGAGAAGCCCACCGUGCUGCGGCUGUCCCGGAAGGAGGGCCCGCAGGGGCCCGUGGAGACCGAGUCCAUGGUCUGAGCCGCGCUGGCCCGCGCGUCCCGGGGCGCAGGGAGGCAGGGGGCGCACGCCGCCCCGCAGGCUGGCUGCUUCGGCCUGGGCGGCCGCACAACCCAGAGCCGCUUGGCACAGCCGAGGCGCGGUAGCCGUGGGGGAGGUUUGCGCCACGAGGCAACAAUGCCAGCCGCGUUCACUGCGUUUUCCACAAUUAAAAGAAAUCGUUUGAAAUCUUUUUUUUUUAAUCGAAAAAGAUCUUCUAAUUUCAACGGUAUCUCUUAUUCUGCAGGUAUAUUAUUCUGCAUGUUUUAAAACUGUAAACCAAAUUUACAAUAUAGACAAUAAGCAAUUUAGAAAAAAAGUAAGAUUUCUGCAUUUCUAAAGUCAUCAUUGAAAACAAAAUAUAUGAUGUCCUUUGCUAUAUCUUAUCUGAAUACUUCAGAUAACAGUCGUGUAGUCAGUGACUAAAACAUUUUUAUCCAAUUUUUCCCCUGUGGAUGCCUACAGGUAUUUGGACGUUCUGUCAGAUCUCGUCACAUUUUGUUGGUGCUGCAGCUCUUGGAGAGUAUUUUUCUCUUUGAUUAUUUUCGGGGGAAAAAGUUCUUUUUUUCCCCCCAAACUGUGGUUUUCUUAGAAGAACAGCAUCUCCUGUUUCCCUCAGAGUUUUGCAGAUUGUGCCCGGUCAGCCCUGCUCCGGGGCGGCGGGCGGUGGCAGCAGCGACACCAAAGCUGGGAGGAGGCAGGGCCCCGGGAUUCUCACGGGGAGACCAGGGCGAGUCACGGGCUGGGACGGGAGGCCCGCGGGGCGGCCUGGAGCUGGCAGUUUGGCCCCACGCGUGCCCAGCCCCCGGCCCCUCUUUGUCCCAGGGCCCCCAGAGGGGCUGUGCCUCGCCUGGCACUUUGGCCCAUCUUUCAGCCACUCGCUGGGGAGACAGACGACGGGCAGAGCUCCCGCCGCCAGGCCCGUGCUCCUCUGGCCUCCGCGCCUGCACCCCACUUGCUGCCACAAUCGGAACCGUCUCACGGUGAAGAGAGGGUGUCUUUGGGACAGAAGGAAGGUCCCCUCAUGGGUCAGCUCGAGCGGAAUUCCUGGGUCCCGGGAGCACCAAGCUCGGGUGCCCGGGCGGCGCUGUCGUCACCUCCGCAGCUGCUUGGAAACAUGCUCUUCGAACCACAGUCUCUUUAUAACUAAGCAGUUUCUGCUUUGGCCUCUUCGGGACCGUCAGUCUGCGUUUGCCGAUCUCAGGAGGAGGAGGACGGCCUGCUCUUUCCGGGGAGAGGGAGACAGUUGUGAUACUUCGCUGCCUCAAGUUGAUGGUUUUUUUUUUUAAAUAAAGUACUUUAAAGUGCAUGAGAAUCAUGCUGCAAUAUGAUCACAUUCUAAAGCCAAUAUAUCUAUAUAUCUAUUUCAAGAUGAAACUAAGCAGUUUUUAAAUAAACGACUUGAAUUUUCUAUGUAUCGAAAGGAACAGCUGUGUUUACUGUACUUGGCCGGCCUCUGGUCUUGCCCUGUCUCGGUCGCUGGGGGCACCUUGCAGGCUGUGACUCGUGUCUGAGGAGCAGCGGUCCCCGUCCGCAUCGGACGCGUCCACGGGCCACGUGUCGCUCCCCUCAGAAGCACAGGAUCAUGCAGAACCAACCAGAAGACACAAGCACUUUCCAUGUGCGUGCCCUGGAGAGCAGCCUGGGACAGGAAAUCCAUCCUACCACCGCAGGCCCGGCCAGCGUUCCUGCCACCCCCACUGAUGCCCCUGGCCAGCCAGUGUGCCCCCACAGGUGCCCUGGCAGCUCCCUGAUAACGCAGUUGGACCGCCCGAGUGGCUUUAGGAUGGGGGCCGCCUCUGCCGCGGUCUUGGCUGUGGUCACGCCGUCCCGACGGCUGCUGCUGCGUGGCUGCUUUGCUCCCCGGGGUCUCUGGCAGUGAGAAGACAGGGAGGCCAGAAAGCAGAGAAUGCAGGGAGGGGUCGUACAGCCCAAGUCAGGCUCGGAGGUGGCCAGCCGGAGGGGCAGCACCCCCUGGGCCCGCCCGUGUCCAUGGCCAGUGCUCAGCGACGUGCAGCUGGCCCAGGGCCCACCUGGGGCCGGAGGGGCUUACAGCAGGACCACCGCCUGAAAAGCCUGUUGACAACCUUCCAGACCCCAGCCCGACACUCGAUCGUCAUCUGGAAGAGUGAAGACACCCGAGGAUGUUUCGUUGAAGCCGCCUUGAGGACAAGAACUCACUGGAACGUGCCCGCGGUGAAGGCAUGCGAGGCGCGUGGCUGCUGUCGGCCCCUCGGGGCAGCGGUGGUUGCACUGGGCAGGUUUGCACAGGUUCCGAAGCCCUUUGGAUGUUCAUGACCAAAGCGUGUCUUACUGCGUCUGUCUGGGCGAGCAGGUGCCUUGCAGUCUGCACCAGAGGAGCAGUUGUGGAGCUGGCCUCCGACAGUGCCCUCCCGGCCCCUCGCAGGUGGGGGGCCGUUGAGCAGGCAGGUGUGUGUGUUGGGGUGCUUGGGGUGAGUGCUUUCAGCUCCGCUCCAUCCUUGCAGUGAGAUUAUUCCCAGGUUGCACUGACUUGAAACUCUGUGUCGUCACCUAGUGUCUUAAGAAAGGCUGAGCGAGGCAGGCCGACUGUGGCAGGCGUGCGUGCUCUCUAAUGCUGCACCUCAGACUCGGCGGGGAGGCGGCGUCUGCCCCAGAGCAGGUCCUCUGUGGCCCACUCCCUGGAAAGGUCCUCCGUCCCAUGCGCCAGCCGAGGGGACUGGUCAGGCUGUGGUCAGUGGGCUGUGGCGCCACUGGGUCCGCUGGCCGGGUGGCUGAGGCUAGAGACAGCUGGGAGUGGGGGUCACAGGUCAGAGGGCUGGGAGUGGGUUUGGCAGGGAUUUGGUUGGUCACCACGUAAUAUGAGUGGACUAGUUGCCAAAAGGGGGUAGGUCUGACUUGCAUCUUUUGUUCCCUAUAAAAGUCAGCUGAGUGCAGAAUCUUAGAGAUGCCCCAGACACGCGGCACAGUCUGCGCCUGGCAGGAGGGCACCCAGGGGAAGGCGUGGAGGCCAUCGGUGUCAGCCAGGUGGCCCUUUGUCCCCAUGGUGUCUGCAUUUAGCACAGUGACGCUCCCAGGUGGCUGGAGGGCUGGCCGUGGGGUCCAGCCUGCUGAGCUGCCCCAGGAGUUCCGGGGACCAGCAGUGUUCCGGCUGGGAGGUGGGGGCUGGGCCCCAGAUAGUCCUCAGGUGUGUUUCUCAAGGCACAGGUGUGUGGCGAGGUCGCUCUGUGUCCCCCCCCCCCAAAGUGGAGCCUCUCCGAGGGCAGGAGUGACCUAGGCUGUGCGAAAGGGCAGUCUUCUCUCCCUGGUGGCCCGGGCCUCUGCCGCCUGUGCUGUUUGUGCGGCGUGUCUGAACAUCACUCCAAAGGUACCAGCCUUUCCCUCCCGGGGCUGACGGUGUGCACGGCAGGCGGCGACAGAGACGCCUCCACGUUCACGUGAUGCGAAGCGACUUCGAGCUGGUGCCCCGGCUUCUGUCCACCUUCAGCCCCCGGCCGUGAGCGCAGGCGCACCUGCCAGGGUCCUCCUUGAGGGCUGCCGCCGGGAAGAUGCACGGCCGUCUGUCCUGUCCCAUCUGCGGGCGGCUGCUGCUGAGACGCCACAUCCAUCUUCCUGCCGGCUUCCGGGCCCGCUGGAGGGGCUGCCCCCCAGAACCCACUAACUGAGCACCCUGGGCGCGGUUGUCGGGUGCCGUGGACGCGGCACGACCCUCGGAUACCCGCACGCUUGGGGGCUCUGCCUUCACCUUCUCAUUACCUCCUCUUGGGGAGCCGGCCACCCCGGACCUGGCCCCUCUGCCGGUCACCCUCGGGACUGGGCCGGCUCCGCUGGGACCUCCGGCGGCGAGCUGAGCGGUCUGCGUGUCUCCGGUGCUGUGGACCGAGACGCUCGGGGUGGCAGGACAAGCCGAUUAUUGGAAAUGCCCCUUGUUACCAGAGAAACUCCGGGGCAUCUCGGAACAAAACUUAUUUAGUUCCAUUGUGAACUGGCCACAGGACAACUUUUUAUCAACUUAUUAAGUUGGAGCACUGUCCUAGCUCUCGCUGAUUCUAGCGGUGAUACAAGUGUGUGUUAGACACAUGAUGCUUCAUGAGGAAGGGACUGUGAGGAAGAGUACUCGCUCGCAUUACUCAACUUUUUACGGGGUGGGCGGAAGCAGCCUGGGGUCUGUGUGUCCACGCAGGGCCCCUGGCCCCGUGCCUCUUCCCGGGAGCUGCAGCUGCCGGGCGCUGUCUGUCCCCCACACCCGUGCACAGGCCUGUCCACGUGGCGCUCACCUCCGCGCGUAGACCCGGCCCUCCCUGCGUCGGCUCUGCUCUGUCACCUCCGUGGUUGUAUCUUAAUAAACCUUUCCCGACCAGG